AGGGCGGUCGGUGUUUACGGCUGCGGGAUGGCAGCGUCGGUGCUGUGUCAGGCGACGGGGAGCAGAGUGAGUUCUGUCCUUAACCGUGAUGUGAAGCAGUUUGGAAAAAAAUUCUUGUUUGACCGAAAUGAGGAAACCUGUUGGAAUUCCGACCAGGGCCCUGCCCAGUGGGUGUUGCUCGAGUUCCCUCAGUCCGUGAAGGUGACUGAAUUGCAGCUACAGUUCCAAGGCGGGUUCACUGGCAGAACGUGCAGGCUCCAAGGUAGCAGAGGAGGAGCCAAUUUCAUGAAAAUAACCAAUUUCUAUCCCGAAGACACCAACUGCCUACAAAGAUUCUCCCUCAGCGAGGAAUCCAUUGUUGAUAAACUAAAAGUUAUAUUUGAAGAAAGCUCUGAUUUCUUUGGGAGAAUUAUCCUCUAUCACCUCGAUGUUCUUGGUGAGAAACCGCAGGAACCCAGUGGAUCUCACUCGCCAACAGCAGAACAAGGGAAUGAGCAGAGACCAGCCUGAACUCGUGUUCCAGAGGCAGAGUGCCGGACAUACAUAAACAAUGCCAGGAGUAUGUGGCCAGUUGCACCUGGAACUCACCUUGGAGUCGUGAUCAGAAAGGAACAAUGAAGUUUAAAAAAAAAUGGUGAAUUAUUAGUGUUUCAAAAUAAAGCAGCAGAGUUUUAUAUUUUCA